AUGGCUUCCAGCGAUGACGUGGGACUUUCCCAGUCCGGUAUUAAGUGCAGAAGAUGCGGAGGAUCGUCUCUGAGUUCGUGGGAUCUGUUUCUACCCAUCACUCGAAGAGGAAGUUUCUUUCAAGACUCGUUCUUUUCGAAUAUACACCAUGACUUCGAUGCCGCCAUUAGGGAGGUACUAGGCAGGUGGAAUGAACCGGAUCUCAAGGUAACAGAUAGUAGGGAUGACGUCAGCCGUCGUUAUAGACGACUUCGAUCUCAGAAUAUGAAUGAAGAAAGUCAGGCAGUCACCGUCACGUCAGACAACACAGGACACAAAGUAAGGGGAAAGAAGCAAAAGGCGAGAGUCAAAGUCAAGAGUCAAGAAGCAGGACGAAAGAGUCAAGAGGUAAGAGUCACGAGUCAAGAGGUAGAUGGUAAGGGACAAGUUGUAGGAGUCAAAGUUAAGAGUCAAGAAUCAAGAAUCAAGAGUCGAGAUCAAGAGUCAAGAGUCAAGAAUCAAGAGUCGAGAUCAAAAGUCAAGAGUCAAGAAUCAAGAGUCGAGAUCAAGAGUCAAGAGUCAAGAAUCAAGAGUCGAGAUCAAGACCAAGAGUCAAGAAUCAAGAGUCAAGAGUCAAGAGUCGAAAGUCAAGAGUCAAGAAUCAAGAGUCAGGAGCCAAGAGCCGAGAGUCAAGGCGGAGACAUCGCGGCGCAAGGGCAGGGCAGCCAGAAAAGAAAAGAGGGGACUUAA